AGUAAAGAGUGACAAACACGCCUAAUGUCUACAACAAAAUAAAGAGUGCCUAAGACUGCAUUAAAAAAAAAAAAACACUGCCAAAAAGAAAAUAAAAAGUGUAUAAAACAAAGUAAAGAGUGCAUAAGACUUUGUUAAACAAAAUAAAAAUUGUCCUAACAUUGCCUAAUACAAAAAAAAGACAGCCGAUCUAACAAAGAGAGUGCCUAAAAGACUGCCUAAAACAAAUAAAGACACUGCAUAAACUGCAUAAAAAAGAAAAUAAAGAGUGCCUAAUACUACAUAAGCUGAAUUUUAAUCAACCUUUUUAACAAAACAUAUAAAAACAUAUAUACUGUAUAAAAAAAGUGUCUUAAAAAAAGGACAUAAUACAAAAAAAAGAGUGUUUAAAACAAAGUAAAGACUGACAAACACGCCUAAUGUCUACAAGAAAAUAAAGAGUGCCUAAGACUGCAUGAACCAAAAUUAAGACAGCAAAAAACAAAGUUACUAAGAAACCGUAAAAAACAUAUAUACUGCAUAAAAAGGCAAUCAAGAGUGCCUAAAACUACAUAAGCAGCAUUAUAACAAACUUUUUGAAGAAAAAAUAUAUAUACUGUAUAAAAAAGCCCACAAAGACUGCCUAAUACUAAUAAACCGUAAAAAACAUAUAUACUGCAUAAAAAAAAAAAUUAUAAAAAAAGGGCAUAAUAAAAACAAAGUAAAGAGUGACAAACACGCCUAAUGUCUAGAACAAAAUAAAGAGUGCCUAAGACUGCAUUAAAAAAAAAAAACACUGCCAAAAAGAAAAUAAAAAGUGUAUAAAACAAAGUAAAGAGUGCAUAAGACUUUGUUAAACAAAAUAAAGAUUGUCCUAACAUUGCCUAAUACAAAAAAAAGACAGCCGAUCUAACAAAGAGAGUGCCUAAAAGAAUGCCUAAAACAAAUAAAGACACUGCAUAAACUGCAUAAAAAAGAAAAUAAAGAGUGCCUAAUACUACAUAAGCAGCAUUAUAAAACAUUUAUUAAAAAAAAAAUAUAUAUACAACAUAAAAAAGGCAAUAAAGAGUGCUUAAUACUACAUAAGCAGCAUUAUAACAAACCUAUUUAAAAAAACAUAUAUAUACAGCAUAAAAAAGGCAAUAAAGAGUGCCUAAUAAUAAUAAACCUUAAAAAACAUAUAUACUGCAUAAAAAAAAGUAACUACAAAGACGUGCAUAAAAAAAAAAAAAAUAUUUAAAACAAACUAAAGACUGCUGCAUAAACAUAAAAAUAGAAGAAUGCCUCCUAAAAGAAUUUUAACACAGGAAGAUGCAGAAAACGUUAAACGCAGAAGAAAAGAAACUCAACGUAUACGACGGACACAUAUGACUGAACAACAAAGGGUAAUUCUACGCAAAAAGGAUUCUUCAAAAAAACGCAUUUGUAGGGCCAAUAUGACUGCUCAGGAAAAAUGUGUCCAACUGGACAUGCAAAGAUCACGUUCUGCUGCACGUAGAAAAAAAAAAAAAAAAAGUACUAACAUCACUAUCACUAAUCAAUAUAACAAAAGUUAUAACCAUUCACUAUUUAAUGAAGACAAUGUUCCGAUGCACACAUGUGGUCAACUUAAUGUUUAUUGCACAUUUUGCAUGGCAAAGCAUUUUCCAGAGGAACAACCAAGCGAUAAGCUUUUUAAUAAAUGCUGCAAUAAAGGAAAAAUAACAUUACCUCAUAUACAAAUUUCACCACUGAUCCAACAACUAAUGACUGGACAACACACACAUUCAAAUAAUUUUAUGCAAAAUAUCCGUUCUAUAAAUAGUGCAUUGGCGUUUGCAUCAAUGGGAGCAAACAUUGCACCACCUCCAGGAUAUGGCCCAUACUGUUUUAGAAUAAAUGGCCAAAUUUAUCACCGAUCUGGUGCUUUGCAUCCAGAAAAUGAUGAUCAACGCAAAUUUGCACAACUCUACAUUUUGAGUCCUGAGGAAGCUGCGGACCAACGAGCAGCACUAAAAGAAAAUUCAGGAUGUCACAUUGAACUUUUGAGGGAGUUAAGUUCAUAUAUGUGUCAGUAUAACCCUUUUGCAAAAGCAUGUAAAAUGCUCUAUGAGGUAGAGCAAGAAUGCAUCCAUGAAGCAUCUUUAAAUGGAGUUCAAAAUUCUAAAGUUUCAAUGGUAAUUCUGCAGGACAGAACAUCAGAUUACCGAAGAUAUAACGUACAAAGAGUUAAUGAGGUUGCUGUUAUUUUCCAAAAUUCUGAUGGUGAACCUCCUCUUGAACGUGACCUUCUUAUUCAUUGCCGAUCUACAGAUCAAACAAAAAAAACUGAAAGAAUAAGUGUUUUAGAUCCUAAUCUUGAACCAUUGCUGUAUCCUUUGUUGUUUCCAUAUGGGGACCAAAGUUGGGGUUCCAAUAUUGCUCUUAACUACAGGCCAACAUCAAUUAGUGAUGUACAAAGAAGAGUAACCACCAAUCCAAGGAUAAGAGUUAGCCAAAUGAAAUACUACUCUUACAGAAUUUCAAUUAGGGAUCAAUUCAAUCCUUUCCUUAGUGCUGGCAAGUUGACGCAGCAGUACUUUGUUGAUGCUUAUGUCAAGACUGAGGCCAACAGACUCAACUAUAUCCGUCAAAAUCAAUCUAAUCUUCGCAUUGAAAAAUAUACAGGAUUAAUGGAUUACAUUCAAAGUGAGGCUGCUGCACAGGGCCUGAUGCCUGGUAAAGCAGUUAUUUUGCCAUCAUCUUUUCAGGGAAGUCCACGAAAUAUGGCCCAAAACUACCAUGAUGCUAUGGCCAUUGUUAGAAAAUAUGGAAAACCGGAUUACUUCAUCACCAUGACCUGCAACCCUAAAUGGCCUGAGAUACUUGAUAACCUAUUAGAAGGUCAAGCAGUGGAGUUCAGACCAGAUUUGGUAGCAAGAGUUUUCAAUCUCAAAUUAAAUUCUCUUUUGAAUGAUAUCUUGAACAAACAUGUUCUUGGAAGUCCUUGCGCAAAAGUGCAUGUAAUAGAGUUUCAAAAAAGAGGAUUACCACAUGCUCAUAUCCUUUUAAUAUUGAAAGCCGAAGACAAGCCAAAUGAUGCUGAAACCAUUGACACUUUUAUAUCAGCUGAAAUUCCUGAUGAACAGAUUUAUCCAAGACUACAUGCUAUUGUAAUAAAGCAUAUGAUACAUGGUCCAUGUGGAGAACAUAAUUUAAAUUCUCCAUGCAUGGUUGAUGGUAAUUGCAGCAAGAAUUUUCCAAAAAUUUUUCAAAAAGAAACUUUAAUUAAUGUUGAUGGAUAUCCGCGAUAUCGUAGACAAAAAAAUGACACCACUGUAAUUGUCAAAGGGAAAAAAAUUGACAACUCAUGGGUAGUUCCAUAUAGCCCAUACUUCUGCUUGAAAUACAACUGCCAUAUAAAUGUAGAGAGUUGUGUUUCUGUUAAAAGUGUUAAAUAUCUCUUCAAAUAUGUAUAUAAAGGUUACGAUUGUGCAAAUAUUUCAAUUAACGAACAUAAUACACUACAGCAUGAUGAAAUUCAAAAUUUUUUGGACACAAGAUAUGUCAGUGCUCCUGAAGCUGUUUGGAGGUUGUAUGGUUUUUUGAUGCACCAUCAAACACAUACAAUAAUAAGACUUCAAGUUCAUCUUCCAGGCGAACAAGAUGUAUAUUUCCAUAAUGAAAACGUACAAUUAGCUGCAGAAAAGGCACAAGACAGGGAUACCACUUUGACAGCAUACUUUAAGUUGAAUGUGGAUAAUAAUGCGGCACGUGAACUUUUUUACUCUGACAUUCCUCAACAUUUUGUAUUUGAUGUAAAAAACCGUAAGUGGAAUCCAAGACAAAGAGGAGCAGAUACAACAAUUGGCAGAUUGUAUAAUGUAAAUAUUUCAUCAGAUUUGGAGAGAUUUUGUUUGAGGUUAUUGCUCUUGCACUUAAAAGGAGCAAUAUCCUUUAAGGACUUACGAACUGUUAAUGGACAAGUUUGUCACACAUUCAAAGAAGCUGCCCAAAAGCUUUCACUUUUAGAUGACGACGCUACAUGGGAUCUUACACUUAACGAAUCAGCAUCUCAACAAAUGCCUAAACAAAUGAGGGAACUGUUUGCUUAUUUGUGUAUAUUUGUUGUCCCACCUAAUGUCCCACAACUCUUUGAAAAAUACAAACAUGAUCUUUAUGAAGAUUAUUCACGUCAUGAAGACCACAUUGAUGAUUGCAAAAGUUGCAAAAUUUGGCAUUAA